AGAGUAACGUUCCAGUUGGGAUAGAGAAGAAGGAGCUGAGGCAGGAGAGGGAUUAGAGCAGGAGGGGGGGCACACUAGAAGGAACAGGAUCUGGGGAAGGAAUAAAGGGCAAGUAAGCAGCAGCAGCAGCUGAGGAGAAUGAGAGACUGGAUCCAGAGCAGGAGAGAGUCAGAGUAAGGGGAGAAGCUGCAGGGAGGGAGCUCAGGGCAGAUGGGAGAUCAGGGGAAACUGGAGAGGACGAGAGAGGCAAAGUCAGGGGGUUGGUAGAAGAUACUGUGACUGGCGGAGAUCCACCCGGGGGUCAGUGUGAUGCACAGGGGACCUCAUGUACCCCCUGAUCUAGUACUGGAGAUGCCCCUCACUUGUCUCUCUGCUCAGCCUGGAACCCUCCCAAGACUUCUCUGCACCUGACUCUGCCCAACAUGAGAUUCUCCUGCCUGCUGGUCUGCUGCUGCCUUUGUCUCCUGCCAGGGGUACAAGGGGCACAGGGGAAAUUCGCCUACAAGCUAAUGAACGAUCUAUUUGCCAACUACUCCAAUGCACUGCGGCCUGUAGAAGACAUGGAUAAAGCCAUGAAUGUCACCCUGCAGAUCACCCUCUCCCAGAUCAUUGACAUGGUACAGUAUCUGUAGGGAACUAUCAAUGUCACUGUGUGGGCUGCUCCAGAUCAUUCCCAUGGAAUGUUAUCUCUGGGGAACCAAUGAGAUCUUGUAUAUUCUGGGAAUGUAUUGGGUGGCCAAGUUGGUAGCACUUGAGUAUGGACCCACCACAAUGACCUCCCUGAAUAUAAAUAUGGGGGAGAUAUGUUUGUAGUGCCACCCUGAUGAUGACAUUGCUCAGGGAAGAGGACAUACAAUUCCCUAGAUUAAUAAUCAAAGUUCUGCUUAUGUUCAGUCCUGCAAGUGAAGUGAUUCUUGUUUUGAAAGCAGAAGCCUUUAGAUAUCCCAUAAUAUACAAGGAGGAAUCUUUUUGCAUGUUUUGGGUAACGGGUCUUCUUCUCCCCACAUGCUGUUUAGGAUGAGCGGAACCAGAUCCUAAUGGCCUACCUGUGGAUCCGACAGGUGUGGUUUGAUGCCUACCUGCGCUGGAACAAGGAAGAUUAUGAUGGACUUGAUACCAUCCGUAUACCUAGCAGUUAUGUAUGGAGACCUGAUAUAGUCCUAUAUAACAAUGCUGAUGACCAGUUCACAGGCUCCAUGGAAACCAAUGUGGUCAUCAGAUAUGAUGGGCAGAUUAUGUGGGACUCACCUGCGAUCACCAAGAGCUCCUGCAAGGUCGACGUGUCCUUCUUCCCCUUUGAUGGACAGCAGUGUCGUCUGACGUUUGGGUCUUGGACGUACAAUGGAAAUCAAAUUGACAUCCUCAACCACCUAGAUACGGGGGACCUGACCGAUUUUGUUGAAAAUGUUGAGUGGGAGGUAUUGGGAAUGCCAGCCAAGAAGAAUGUUAUCACUUAUGGGUGCUGCUCAGAACCUUACCCAGAUGUCACCUACACCCUCAUGCUACAGAGGAGGGCUUCUUUCUAUAUCUUCAACCUCCUCCUCCCCUGUGUGAUGAUCUCUUUUCUAGCGCCUUUGGGCUUCUACCUUCCAGCAGAUUCAGGGGAGAAAGUCUCUUUGGGUGUAACUGUCCUGCUGGCCCUCACCGUGUUUCAGUUACUGGUGGCAGAGAGUAUGCCACCUUCAGAAAAUGUGCCACUUAUUGGAAAGUAUUAUAUUGCGACGAUGACAAUGAUAACUGCAUCAACAGCGUUAACCAUCUUCAUCAUGAACAUCCAUCACUGUGGGCCAGAAGCAAAACCAGUCCCUCAAUGGGCCAAGAAGUACAUCUUGCAGUACAUGUCCAGGAUAUUCUUUGUGUAUGAGGUGGGGGAAAGCUGUAGAAGACCUAGAUCUGAACCAGAACCAGAUUCUGAGAGAACAUCCAAAGCACCAGGUUUGAAUGGACAGGCCAAACAAGAGGAGACAGCUGAUGUGGUAAAGAACUGCCCAGAAAAUCUCAGUCCAACGCACAAAGAGACCAUGGAAGAUCCGGAACAUUCCAAACAUUCCCAUGGUGUUUGUCAGGAGAGUGGCAAGUAUUUUAUUUAUGAGCAAAGAGGGAAAGGGUUUGAGUACGAGGAGUGCCCCAAAAUCCAUUGCCUGUGCCACAACGAACGUUUGCUGAAAAACAUUGAAUACAUUGCCAACUGCUUCCGGGAGCAAAGGGCGACUCAGAAAAGGACUGGCGAGUGGAAGAAGGUUGCCAAGGUCAUGGAUCGUUUCUUCAUGUGGGUCUUCUUCAUCAUGGUGUUCCUCAUGAGCGUUCUGAUCAUGGGAAAAGCUAUCUGAUGGCGCCCCCCAGUGACUCCCAAUGGAUUUAUUCUCAACAUUCCCAGUGGAAUCCUGUGAAAUUCCAUCUUAUUGUUAAGGCUAUUCAUUUGCACAUAGAACUGUCAUGGGGGUGGUUGGCCGGCAUGCUUUUUGGCAUUCAUGUACUUGGAGUACUUAUCACCAUUUUGGCAUUUCUUGACCAUUUCUGACCUUGUCAUCAUCAAUGAAUUUAGUUUUAAAGAAGGAGUGGGUAAGCCGUGGAUACGUGUUACUUCAUCAUGUGGGUCUUCUUCUUCAGAGCCUUCUGAGGAUGGACAAAGUCCAACCCAAUGGAUUUAUCACUUGUUCUCCAUUGCACUCAGUGCCCCACCAACUCAUCCUUUGCACUUAGAGUUAUUAUAGGAAUGACACACCAGCAUGCUGUAUGGUAUUCAUAUAUUCAAACCUUUAGUCUCCAUAGUAACAUUGCAUGGCCAUUUCGGUGGAUGUGGUUGUAACUCUACAUGGAGGCUCAUCUAAUAAAACAAAGGGUUAAUGAUGCCAAGAGGCUUUAAGAAACAGUACACAAAUUACACUUAUAUAUACAUAUCUGUUGCAGUAUUGUAGUAUGGCAAGGUUAAAGGGGAACUCCACCCAAAAACUGUUUUUUUGCAUAAUGAACAGAUUCUGGGUAGAGUUGUCCUUUAAUGGUGCUGAAUUCCCUGGCAGUAAAUGUGAAUGUUUCAUUGUUGGUUCUAAUAAAUGGACUUUAAACUGAUCAAUAAUGAAGGACUGUGCAGACAUUUUUCUAAGGAAUAAAACAAAGUUUUUCUGUGCCCAAGAGAUGAUUAGUAUUUCUGGCAGAUAAAAAAGAUGGUGGCUGCUGGGGCCGAUCCAUGCGGGUCCAAAAUAAUCACACGCAGGAGACAAAAUUCUCUCCGGUCUUGAAAUAGGAUAUUGGAUGUGGGAAGCUACAGAUGCUGCAGAGAUGCAUUAAUAACGUUGCCCAAUUUCCCCUGCACAAAAGUCUAUAGUUGUGGAUACGGCACCUUCAUGGGGUUCAUUAUGGCACCAAGUCUGUGGGUUUGUUGGAAACUCC